GUUGUAGGGCCCUUCUCGGACGUGGCACUCGGUCACGGAAUUCCGGUGCAUGCAAUGGGAGGCAAACCCAGAGCAGAGUUCACCUUCAUCGCGGCUUACGCCAUCAUCUCGCACCUGUCACCCUUUGAUGCCGCCACGCACACGGCGCUGUUCCUCAUCUGCCGCCGCGUGCCGUACCUGCUUCUGUUCCCCGUGACGGGCCUGGCAGCGGACCGGCUGAACCGUGGGGCGCUGCUGGUGGCCGUGUGUCUGGCGGAGGGGGCGGUCAGCUUCACUUUGCCGCUGGUGCAGCAGCAGCAGAACAUAUGGCUGCUGUACCCGCUCAUAUUCUGCCAGUACUGCGCCCAGGCCUUCUACGACCCGGCGCGGGCGGCCGCCAUUCCUGGCGUGGUGCCGCGCCACCUCAUCUGCGUGGCAGGCACACUGGACACGUUUGGGUUCAGCCUCAUGGCCCUGGGCGGCGCGGCGCUGGCGGGACACGUCGCUGCACUGUACGGCACAGCCGCCUGCUUCCGUGUCGAGGGCGCGGCGUUCCUGCUAGCCGCGCUGCUGAUGCUGCCGUUGGCGUUGGCGACAGCUCACCGCGGCGCUGCCAGCAGCCGGCGCCCUUGGAGCGGCAUGGGUUCCGUAGCAGCAGCGGCCGCAGCGGCGGCAGCAGCAGCGCCAGAAGUGGAGGCGCCGCCGGAGCUGCAACCACUCCUCGCGACACACAGCAGUCAGGCUGACGACGCGGGGUUGUUGCACAAGCGCGGCGCUCCGUCGCGCGGCGGCCACGGCGCGGGUUCACCGGGGAACCUAGGCGCAGGGGCAGGGGAGGGAGAAGACGUGAGCAUGUGCGGCGCCAGCGGCACUUGUGGCGCCCUGGCCUUCAUAGCGCAGAGGCAGAACUGGGAUGUGGCGAUCCUUAUCUGGAUCAAGGCAACCGGUGCCAUGGUGUGGGGCGCGGCGGAUAUCCUGAACGGAAGGUUUUCCACGGACCGAGCUAUGCAGUCCCUGGGCGGUCCCGACCAGACCCUGGGGUUCAUUCUAGCUGCGGUGGGCGGGGGCUGCGUGGUGGGGCCGCUCAUCGCCAACUCCAUCACGCCGGGCGUGGCGCGCUACUGGCGCGUGUCCGUUGCGUCGGCCUUUGGGCUGCUGGCGGCGGGUUACGCGGUGAUGGCGGCGGCCCCGAGUAUCUUCUGGAUUCUGCCGGCCACGUGCAUUCGCGCUGCAGGCAGCAACACGCUCUAUAUCCACUCCUUCGCCAUCCUGCAGCACCGCCUGCACGAGGGCAUCCGGGGCCGUGUGUUUGCGGUGGAGUUCGUGUUCUUCACCAUCUCUGAAGCCAGCUCCUCACUGGCGGCGGGCUGGGCGCUGGACGGACUGGGGUGGAGCGAGCGGCAGCUGAGCACGGCAAUGGCACUCCUUGCGAGUGGCUUCAUGGGCUGGUGGGCGACGUAUGCGUGGUGGAUGUGGCGAGGAGAGGUCAGCAGAGCUGCUGCCUCUGCAGACGAGCACACAUGAUGACAUGAUGCAUGACGCCAGCGUGAUAGGGUCUGCCCGCGCAAACACGGUCUCCUGGGUCGGGUGUGUCAACACAUCAUUUUGCAGUAUCUGCGGUGAGCUGAACGCGUAGCGAAUAUCUCUUUCGCCUUUUACUAAAGAGAUCCGCGAGUUUUGCUCCUCAAGCCGCUUCUCCCUGUUUUUGAGGGGCUUUUGCCCUUACCCAUUUAAAUGGUGCGUGCGGAAAGCAGCCUGGGUGCCAACCUGCGAAAUCCAUGUGCGGGUGCCAUAUCCAGUUGUGCACUGUUUAAAGGACAAGUGUAGUGAAUGCCUACUUCCUCAGCCAAGGUCGCGGCGGGACAGGGGGCGGGGUUGUGUGCCCGUCGGGUUGCGUGGUGUGGGCGGGUUAUCGGCACCGCGCAGGACUCACUUAGUUUGGAUAUCGGUACUAUUAUAAUGUUGAGGGCAGAGGACGGCGACGUGCGAAUGCAGUAGACAAUUGAUCGGUGCAUGCACGCGCCAGGACGCGCGACAGUCCUGUGUGAUUUGCAUGCCUGCCGCAAUAUGAACUUAACGUGAAGUACUUUGCACGUGACACAGAAUCCUGAGCUGUCAGCCUGCUGCAGGUACUCGACUCAUGAAGCG